AUCAUUAUCGUCGUUUUCUCGGCGAUAACCGGGCUGCAUCGGCUGCUUUCUCUUCGUUUUCAAGUUUCUCUGCACUAUUCUUUUUAUGGGACACUUUUCCGGGCUACGGUGAAUUUUCAUGUCGAUGGGAGGGGACUCGUGUAUUCCUAUGGUCUUAUUACCUUUUCUUCUUGCAUUUUGCCCCCUUUGGUUUUCCCUCCCUUUCUCAGACAUGCUUUCAUUUUCUGCCUUCAUCUCGUCCUCUUUUCGUGGCGCUCGCAGUCGGGUGGUGUGGGGGGGUUCUGGGUCGGCGCUGUCGCUUGCAUUGUUCUUCUUGUCCUUGACGGUCCUGCUAUUGCUCUACGAGAUAGACCUUUGAGCCCGAGAUACCACGGUCCAGUCGUUGAUUUGAUGUUCUAUCGUUAUACUGCAUUUGGGUUUUAUUUUCUCAUGUACAUGUGUGCCAAAAAUGUACUUUUGACUUCAUUUCAACAAUUCAGUAGGGGACUGUUCAUUCGUAGGCAUGCCUUUCGUGUAUACUUUAGCGGUCAUGUUUGUCCAUCAGGCAAUCACUGUGAAGCAUGAAAGAAACUCCAAUUGGUUGUCCAUUUUACCAAAGUCUUUCAAUCCUCCAGCCUGCCUUGAAUAGCAUCCCCCGCUCUUUCCCACUUCUAUGCCGGUCGCAAACGCGAUCCUCACGUGACACACCCGUCUCGACGCGCCUCUUGCAGAGCCCAUCUCCGUCGCCUCUCGACACGAAGGAAAAAAGACGAACUGCCCCCCUCUUCUUUUUCCGACUCAAUCCUCUUCUUGAUAUUGUCUCUCACAGACUCACGCCGUGUGGCUGUGAUCCUGACGUGCAUCGCCAACCCUCCUUCCUACUGAACACUCACUGCUCAUACCCGGCCUUCACGGCCUCGUCCCGCCGCCGCGAUGGGACCGCGAAAGCGUAGCCGCUCCGAGGCGAUCGAUGCCCCCGAAGCUCAGAUCACUGAGGAACCUGGACUGCUCCAGCGCAUCCGAAGCAGCUGGGAAUUCGCGAAUAUCAUGCAGUAUAUUCACAUCUUUGGAAAGAUUAUGAAGAUAGACGAGGACUUUGGAAUCGAGGACCUGGAAGACGAAUGCCUCAAGCCUGAACCUUCGUACAAGCUACUCGAGAUAGGACUGUGCCUGCUGAAGUGGAUCUCGUCGCAUCGUGGAUUGACGUUCGAGAACUUCGACGAGUACACCCGACGCCAGUACAAUGCCAAAGCACCUCACAUUCCCAACCCGUUCGGCUACGAGGAGACCCCUCUUCGAUUCCUCGAUUUUGACGUCUUCACGAAACUCACCGUCCUCCACCAGCUCUCUGUGUGGACCUUCUGGAAUCCGGAUCGCCUCCGCGAGAAGAUGCCCGAGAAGAAGGAUUCAGAGCAGUUGGAAUGGCGCAUCGAAGAGUUCGGAUAUGACCAUGAUGGUCGUUCUUACUACGUCCUUGACGACAACCGCCUCUACCGCCGAACCGACCCUCCCAUCCCUGCGCCUCUGCGACCGAAGAAGAAACCGAAGAGCAGGUCCUCUCGAGGAUCUCGGGCAUCGAGACGAGUCUCCGCCAUGAUCGUCGACGAAGCUUCCGAGGACGAGAACAAGGACGAGGACGAUGCUAAUGCCAAUGCCAAUGUCUUCCCCAACUUUAAGUGGGAAUGCGUUGCUGUCACCCUCCCUGAGUACAAUGCAUUCCUAGACACCAUUCGCAAGAGCAAGGAUGCGGACGAUAAGUACCUGCGCAGCCAGAUUGAGGAGCAUAUCCUGCCUCUGUUGGAGAAAGCGGAAGAAGCGCAACAGCGCAAGCGUAUCAAGCGCGAGAAGGAGCUUAUCCAAAUGCAGAUGCUUGCUGGUGCCAAGCGAUCUAGCCGACUGGCUGCCAAGGAGGAGAAGGAACGAGUUGAUCGCGAAGCCGCCGAGGCCGCUCGCAAACGAGAGGCCGAUCUGGCUGAAGCCCGCAAGGAGCAGGCUCGCCAGAAGGAGAUGGAGAAUGAGCGCAAGUCCCGCAUGAUGACCCGCGAGCAGCGCAUCAAGGAUCGUGAACACAAGCGGAUUCUGCACGAGGCCGAGGUUGAACGCCUUGCGGCUGAGCAGGAGAAGCUGGAGCGGGGUGAGGGUAGGGUCUCGGCGCGGCAUCUCAAGGCUGAGAUGGAGCGGUCGCAGAAGAACCUGGCAGAGCUUGAUGAAGAGGACAAUUGGAUCUUCGACUGCUCCGGUUGUGGUGUGCAUGGCGAGAACCUUGAUGACGGGAGCCACAGCGUUGCAUGUGAGAAGUGUAAUGUAUGGCAGCAUAGCAGCUGCCUUGGCAUUAAGAAAGAAGACGCCGAGAAGGACGACUUCCAUUUCGUCUGCGCGGACUGCAAGCGCAAGGAGGAGGAAGCCAACCGGCCUAAACUCCCGCCGCUGAAGUUCCGAGUCAGCGCGACUCCGUCGCCUUCGGCUGCCGGAGUCAAGCCCAAGAUCGACGCGCAGGGGCGUGUUCCACCCUCUCCGGUGAAGCACACCCACAAUGCUCUGUCGAACAUUCAAAACGGGCCUUCCCGGCAGCAGGGUUCUCAGCCUGCACUUCCUUCACUUACUGCUCAGAAUCAGCAAUUUGCUCAAGGACAACACCAGUUCUAUGUCCCUCCUUCCCCUCAGCGUCUUCCCCGCCCUGCAAUUAAUUCUUCUCUUCCUUCUUCAAGUCCUCCUCGCCCACCAUUCUCGCCUUCAAAGGUCUCGAAUGGACCGGCGCAACCCCUCACUACUCAACAACCUCGAUUUGCGCCUGGACCUGGCCAACAUAUCUUGCCUCCGAUGCAGGCAGGACCUCACCUUCCUCCCAUUGCAUCUUUCUCUUCCGCCCGACCUUCCUCAUCUCAUUCUGGGUAUGGCCCAACCCAGAAUCAUCCCUCUAUGUCACCUACGCAGGGCAACCACGACGUUGGACCUCUUGCAGGGGUUCCAUCCGGUGCUCCCAUGAACGGGUGGUCAUCUUUCGAUAGCUACGCCACGCCACGUCCGCAAUCUGGCCAUGGAGCAACCCCUGCCAUGUCCCACAAUUAUCCUUCAUUCUCCUCCGUUGCAACCCCGAAUGGCAACCAUUCUUCACCCCCGCACAGCUCGCAUGGAAUUGGUAUGUCUGGAAUCAGUCCUACUAAGCAGUCUCCCCGCCCCAUCACCGCAGGCGGUAUGGCUGGGGCCCCGGUGCUUCCUCCUAUCCGCAGGUUGGAGCCCAGCCCUAAGCUUAUGGGUCGAAGCUCCCCUGAAGCGCCGAUACCUGCACCUAUGAAGUGCAUGACUCCGGAGCAAGAGGAGCGUCGCCAGCGGGAGAACGCGUCUCUGCUACACAAUGGACAGUCCUUUUCGGCCAAUGGCCAGGCCAAUCUCAUGUCGUCUCCAACAAUGAGUCGCAUCCCAUCGCUGGACCCAGCUGCUCAUACCCAGCACCCCGAGCCAAUCCCAUCACCUCAGAACGGUGGACACUCGGCUCGGCAAUAAGUCCCGGCAGCGGAUUAAAAAAGUGAAGUUUUUUUCAAGAAAUACAGGGUUCACGAAUUGACCCAAAAUUAGUACAGAGUCCUUUCAAUUGACAUUGAAUUUGGCUUUUGAGGCUAGCGUUUGUCGUUUUGAUAUUGACACGAAUUGGGGCUGUCCGGAGUCAUUAUCCCCAACGGCCCCCCGAUCUCCCUCGAUCGGCGAUCGGGAAGCACGCUGAUGGUGGAAUCGAACGCCAUACAUGCACACUGACUUCAACCUUAUCUUGAUCCUCCCUCUUGGAUAAUAUCACUUUCAUUUCAUGCUGUGAAUGUCGUGGUCGUUAUUUUUGGGUCUGCCGGAGGGUACCCCUGUACCAACAUUUUCUUCUCUUCGAAUGGCUUUGGAGAGUCAGGCGUCCCCCAAGUCUACCGUGGCCCUAUUGGCGUUGUCUUUUUUUUUUGUUUUCUUUUUCCCACCGAUUUCAAUGUGCAUCAAGAUGGUUGGAUACUUGGGCGUUUCUCAGAUGGCCAUGGGGCGGUGUUUCUUUUGCCUGGACGGUUGGCUGGGAUCAUGUGUACCGUAAUAGAAAAGAUUUUUAUUCUGAUGGGCAAUGGUUCUUUCUUCUCGACAAGAGUGGUUUUUCUAAAUGGCUCGCUAUGCUUGGUUCCGAGGCUUGAAUAGAGCUGUGAUUCUGAAUUGAAUGGCUCGGCGG